AUGGGAGUGAGAGGCAAAAGGAACUACGUCAGCAAGUUCCAGGAUAUCUUCCGUCAGACCGACCGGGUCGACGAUCGAAAGCUGGAGGUGGACAAUGUCAUGCGCAAGCAAUACGGGCUGCAAGGACCACUGAGCUGGUCCGAGUUCACCUUCUACGCGUGGAGGCAGCGUGUCAGGGAUCAAAGAGCAAAUAAUACCGCCAACGUCCUGGAUACGUUGCAGGCAGUCAAGGCUGGAUCGAUCGCCAACGAAAUCACCAAGGCGGUUAUGAGGUACUGCUACGACCAUGCAGCGAAGCCUCCGCGUUCCAAGGACCAAGUCGAGUGGACUAUGGAGACGCACGGCGACCUCUUCGUGGCGCUUCUCGGCACGCCGAACGCGCUGGGCGCGGGCUGGCUGCUGGCUGACCACAACGAUGAGCUUGGAGGGUAUAUCGUGGACAAGAUCAUUACCAGCGGCGUUGACGGAGGAUUAAACAUCGUUUUUAAGAGUGUUAAGGGGUGA